UGGUGCCCUCUAAGUCUGUGCCGUCUGUGCGUCUGUGCUUCCGUCGUCUCGCUGUUCCGCCGUGGUUUCGGCAAUUUCGGCCGUUUCGCCUAGUUCCGCCUAGAGUCAGUAGCUUCCGCCUCAGCUGUUGGUUCCGCUUUUGCUCUUCCCUGGUUCUGUUACUACCUUUUCGAUCGUGAUUUACGUGCUGAAGGCAGUGAAUGCGAAAACAAUUUGUGAGUUCGCCUCCCCCGCUUUGUUGCUCCGUGAACCGCACAAUAUGAGCAGUGGGGUGUGCAUCGUCGAGCCUCUCGGAGCUGUAGGAGACCCCGAGCAGGUCCAACUCAUGUCUGAGACAGCGUCCAGCGUGGACUCCGCAGCCUCGACAGAUCCUGCACCAGAGUCUGAGCAGGCUCUAGGCAGCGAGUCCGAGAAUGACGACGGUGACGCCAAAAAAGAGAUAAUAUCCGAGGAAGAGAGGGCGUUCGAACGGGCUAUGCAACUCCGCAAACGGCGAAUGAUUGAGCGGUCCCUUGCGGACGGCAGCACGGCGGGUCUCAAGAUAGCAGCUGUGAACGAACGGGGCCUUUUGUGCGACGACUACCGGCGGCUCGUCUGGCCCAAGAUCGGCGGUGUGAGCGUCUACGAGACGUCGCCGAGGCCGUCCAUGGAGGAGAUUACGCAGCACGCCUACUACUCUCAGGUAGUCCUGGACGUGAAGCGGUCGCUCAAGCGGUUCCCGCCCAGCAUCGCCGAGAACCAGCGCAUCGCGCUACAGGACAAGCUUGUGUUCAUGAUCAUGCGGGUGCUGAUGAAGAACCCGGAGCUGCACUACUACCAGGGCUACCACGACAUCUGCGUCACUAUCCUGCUCGUGUUAGGCGAAGAAGUAGGCUUCCUGCUCGUCGACAAACUGUCCUGCUCAAACCUACGCCGCUUCAUGGACAAGACGAUGGCGCGCACGGCGGACCUCUUGGAGCACAUCUACCCGUUGUUGGCUCACGAGAACCCCGAGCUGUGUAAGUUCCUCGAGAGGGCGCAGGUGGGCAUCAUGUUCUGCCUCAGCUGGGUCAUCACGUGGUUCGGGCACGUCCUCGCCGACUACGACACUGUGGUGCGCCUCUUCGACCUCUUCCUGUCCAGCCACUCGUGGAUGCCCGUCUACCUUUCUGCAGCCAUCGUUCUUCAUGCCGAGAAAGAAAUCCUCGCUUUGGAGUGCGACCUGGCGCCCGUCCACUGCUACCUCUCGCGUCUGGUCGAGGGGGACUUGCCCUUCGAGGCGCUCAUCCUGCGAGCAAGGCUCCUCCUCGAACAGUACCCACCAACCCAUCUUCAGGCCGAGCAGGCGCUUCGGAAGAAACGGCUGAACCUUUCACACCCUCCGCCACGGCGACCCCCGCAACACGGCCCCAUGUGGCGCUUCGCUCGCUAUGUCGGUGCUCUGGUGGCAGGAACUGGUGCUCGGAAGGGGGCAUUGGCUCUGGCGGUUCUUUUCUUUGCCGUCUGGUUCCAGACUUAUCGCAAGAACCCCAGCCUCGCGUGGUUUUGACUGGGUACAUCCAUAUGUGGAUGGUGAACGAAUACGGAACUGUGCCACAAUGUGACUCUUUACUGUACAUAACUACCUGUCAUGGUUGCUUAAUGACUGAUGGCAUCUCGUUAGUCCAGAGCUGGUACUUUGUUAAAGCCUUCUUAUAGUGCCAACCAGGGGCAUCUGAAGUGUUCAAGAGAUGAGGGGAGACAAGGAAAGGGAGGAGGAGGGGACUUUUUCUUCCCCUUUUAAAUUGUUUUGUGGGUAUGUCUGAAAGAAUUGGGAGUGUGAUCACACCCCCCCUCCUUGUCCCAGUGCUUCUGGAGCCAACUGAGCGCAACAUACAGUUGAUGAUAGCACAUCGUUACUACUCUUGCACUGGGAAUUUGAACAAUUAUAUGAAACCUGUUUCUAUUUCUAUAAUUUAUGUGUGUGAUAUGUAAUACCUUUUCUCAGUGCUUGCUUUUCAGUUUUUCAAAUCAAACUGAUCUGCUCACUAGUGCUCUGUCCUAGUCUCAUAAAAUAUGCCAAGUUAGAGCCAGUGACAUACCAAUGGUGGAAGGAACAAUAAUUUGUGCAGUUUAAGCAUUUGAAUCUUUUUCUUUAACCCUGGAGUGAAAGGUAACAUUUUCCUCCACCCUAUUGGUGUGGGAGGAAGGGUAAAGGUGCCUCGUUAAAAAUGGUCAGCUACAUCAUGACAUCUAGAUAGCACUUGCCCUUGCUUUGCUGCAUUAAUAGUAUUGAGCAGUGCUGGGCUUAAAUUGUGAUACUGCAUUUUGUUUAAAAUAAGUGCUGUUCAUUGCAUGAGACGAGUAAUUAGACAAAUAUUAGGUCCACAGUAUUUGUAUUAUAAUGAUUUCCCUUACAAUUGUUUUAAAGCUGCUUCUUCGUUGCAACAAUUCCUCGAUGCAUGUGUAAUCAAGUUUGAUUUAGAAAUGCACCCUGAAACAUAAACUAUUCCAAUGAA